GGGGUGGCAGGGCCUGGUGGCAGCUGUGCCACCGAGCGGGGCUUCUGCCCGUGACCCACUUCGUGCCCCCCCCGGGACACCGCUCGGUCCCGGGCACCGCCGCGCCGCAGCUCCGGUGACCUUAGCCCGGGAGCCAAGAUAAACUCUUCGGGAAGCGGCUGCUCCAGGCCGGGCGCUACAUCAUGUCCCACAAGGCCUGGAUGAAAACGGUGCCCACGGAGAACUGCGACGUGCUCAUGACAUUCCCGGACAGCACGGAUGACCACACGCUGCUGUGGCUGCUGAACCACAUCCGCCUGGGCAUCCCCGAGCUGAUCGUGCAGGUGCGGCACCACCGGCACACUCGCGUCUACGCCUUCUUCGUCACCGCCACCUACGAGAGUUUGCUGCGCGGGGCGGACGAGAUGGGGCUGCGGAAGCCGGUGAAGGCGGAGUUUGGGGGCGGCAUGCGCAGCUUCUCCUGCGACGAGGAUUACAUCUACAAGAACAUUGAGAACGAGCUCGGUUUCUUCAGCUCCCAGGAGCGGCAGAGCAUCAUCCGCUACUGGCUGGAGAACCUGCGGGCCAAGCAGGGCGAGUCCCUGCACAACAUCCACUUCCUGGAGGGACAGCCCAUCAGGCCACACGGGGUGGCAGCAGGGACCCCGGGCCAUGUCCCUGUUGUCCCUGACGCCGUGUCCCCGGUGGCAGUCCCGGAGCUGGUGGCACGGGGGGUGAUCCAGCAGCUGUUCCCGCUGCACGAGCAGAGGAUCCUCAAGCGCCUGAUGAAGUCCUGGGUGCAGGCGGUGUGCGAGGCGCAGCCCCUCGAUGACAUCUGUGACUAUUUUGGGGUGAAGAUCGCCAUGUACUUCGCCUGGCUGGGCUUCUACACCUCGGCCAUGGUGUACCCGGCCGUGUUCGGCUCCAUCCUCUACACCUUCACCGACAGCGACCCGUUGGUGCCAUCUGUCCCCCAGACCAGCCAGGACAUCUCCUGUGUGGUCUUUGCCAUCUUCAACGUCAUCUGGGCCACGCUGUUCCUGGAGGAGUGGAAGCGCCGCGGCGCCGAGUUCGCCUACAAGUGGGGGACGCUGGACACGCCCGCCGAGUCCCUGGAGGAGCCCCGGCCCCAGUUCCGGGGCACCAAGCGGAUCAGCCCGGUGACCAGCGCCGAGGAGUUCUACUACCCGCCCUGGAAGCGCCUCCUGUUCCAGAGCCUCGUCAGCCUCCCCGUCUGCCUGGCCUGCCUCGCCCUCGUCUUCCUCCUCAUGCUCGGCUGCUUCCAGCUCCAGGAGCUGGUGCUCAGCAUCCAGGAGCUGCCGCGUGUCCUUCGCUUCCUGCCCAAAAUCAUCCUGGCUGUCAUUGUCACCGCCUGUGACGAGCUCUACAAGAAAGUGGCCUUGUGGCUCAAUGACAUGGAGAAUUACCGGCUGCAGAGCGCCUACGAGAAACACCUCAUCAUCAAAAUGGUCCUGUUCCAGUUCGUCAAUUCCUACCUGAGCCUUUUCUACAUCGGAUUCUACCUCAAGGACAUGGAGCGCCUCAAGGAGCUCCUGCUCAUCCUGUCCCUGUCGCAGAGCCUCGCGCGGCAGCUCCGGGAGGCUCUGCUCCCCUCCAUCCUCCUCCACCUCCACCUGUCCCUCAUCUUCCUCAGGCGCCUCCUGCGCUUUUGCUGGACCCUGGGAGUAUCCAAAAUGCUGGCCACGCUGCUGAUCACGCGGCAGUUCCUGCAGAACGUGCGGGAGGUGUCGCAGCCCCACCUGUACCAGCGGCUCCGCCGCGGCGAGCUCACGGUGCGCAGCGUGCGGCAGCUGCUCCGCGCCCUGCUCCGCCUGCUCGCCCCCCGGCCGCCCCCGGCCGCCCCUCCGGAGGGCAAGAAAUGCCUCAACGGGGGCUGCGGGGUGCCCGAGGAGGAGGAGGAGGAGGAGGAGGAAGAGCGGCGCGGCUCGGACUCGGAGGAGGAGAGCGCGCUGGACUGCGGGCUGAAGCUGAAGAAGGUGAGCUUCAUCGAGCGCGGCGAGCGGCGCCCCGAGCCCGCCGGCCCCGAGGACGAGCCCUUCCUGGAGGAGGGCAGCCCCACCAUGGUGGAGAAGGGCAUGGACCCCGCGGCUGUGUUCGAGCUCUGCGAGGAGGAGGAGGAGGCCGAAGCGCAGCCCGGCAGCCCCGGCAGGGCGGCGGAGCCGGCGGUGCUGGCGAGGAGGAGGAGGAGGGAGGAGGAGGAGGGGGAGGAGGAAGGGAGGAAGCGCAACCGCGCCUCGUGGAUUGACCCCCCCGAGGAGGAUUACUCCACGCAGCUGACCCAGGCUGAGGUGGAGAGCUGCAUGAAGAAGUACGAGGACACCUUCCAGGACUACCAGGAGAUGUUCAUCCAGUUUGGCUACGUGGUGCUCUUCUCCUCGGCCUUCCCGCUGGCGGCCGCCUGCGCGCUGCUCAACAACGUGCUGGAGAUCCGCAGCGACGCCUUCAAGCUCUGCAGCGGCCUGCAGAGACCCUUCGGGCAGCGCGUGGCCAUCAUCGGCCACUGGCAGAAGGUGAUGGAGGCCAUGGGCGUGGUGGCCAUCGUGGUGAACUGCUUCCUGAUCGCGCAGUGCGGGCAGCUGCAGCGCCUCUUCCCGGGGCUCAGCCCCGAGGCCGCCAUCAUCUCCGUCGUGGUGCUCGAGCACUUCGCCCUGCUCCUCAAGUACGUCAUCCAGGUGGCCAUUCCCGACAUUCCUGCCUGGGUGGCUGAGGAGAUGGCCAAGCUGGAGUACCAGCGCCGCGAGGCCUUCAAGAAGCACGAGCGGCAGGCCCAGCACCACUUCCAGCAGCAGCAGCGCCGCAAGCGCGAGGAAGAGGAGCGGCAGCGCCACGCCGAGCUCCAGGCGCGCCGCGACCGCGACCCCGCCCGCGACGAGGCCACCAAGGCCGAGGCCACCGGGCAGGACCCGGCGCACGACAAGGGCCAGGCCAAGGGGAAAAGCUCCGGCGGCUCCUCCGCGCACGGCCCCGACAAACCCAAGCGGCCGAGCUCGCUGCUGGCCACCAACAACGUGAUGAAGCUGAAGCAGAUCAUCCCCCUGCAGGGCAAAUUCCUGUCCGGGGGCACGGGCGCGGCUGGCACCGCCACCGCCAGGUCGCCGCAGUCGCCCACGGGCAGCGAGAACAAACUGCCGGGAUUCCUGAGCUUCAGAUUCCUCAAAUCGCCCGAGACUAAGCGGGACGCGGGCACCGAGAAGGUGCAGUCGCCCACCAAGCCCUUCAACCCCGGCAAGCUCUUUAAUUUCGGCAAGUCCGAAGGGCUCGGUGCCAACGGGGGCGCGGCCGGAGCGUCCCCGCAGCCCCGGGCGGGGCCCUCGGCGGACGCGGGGCCCGGGAAGGCACAACUCAACGAGGAAGGGGCGCGGGAGGAAGCGGAGAACCGGGCGGAGGAGGAGGGCGGCGGUGCCCGGCUCUGACCGGGGGCUCCGGGGGGGCAGGAGGAGCCGGGCGGG